AUGUUUUCAUCUGUGGAAGUAGUUGCCGCGCAAUGCACCUUUGCACUUGCCGUGACGGUAUUCGUAUGGAAGACUUUAGGUGUCUCGUGGGUUCCGAUUAUUGGCCCAGCCAUGAUUGCCAUCUUUUCGGGGGAAAGACCACAAUAUCCUCGCCGUGCUGAAGAUGAAGACUUUUGGAACUUUGCUUAUUUGUGCAUGUAUGGGAUCUUGGGGAGUCUGGCGCAAUGGGGAGGCAUUGUAUUGUCAAGAGCAAACAGAAGUGACUUCAUAAAGUCUCAGGAGAUUGACAACCGAUAUCAAGAACCUGCUGCGAUGCCUUUUGCACUACGAUGCUGGGCCGCUAUAUAUGCAGUAUUUCAUAUAAUUAUUGGAAGCCACCAUUUACUAUGGAGCACCAACAAGAAUCACGGCAAAUUGGAACUUUGGCGAUACAAUCUGCCAUUUAUCUACGAAUUGACUGGUUUGGCGGCUCUUGGAUUGUGCUUUCAUGCCUAUUGUAUACUGCUAGAGGCAUGUAAUGCUAGAAUGAACCUACGAGAUGUUUGCUCUCGUAAGACCGUCAUGGAUUGCUGCACCAUUCUGACCUUUGUCAGCUUUUUUGCCUUUCUCAUGGCCAACAUGAUAGGUGUGAAGACUACCUAUGAAUCGGAGCGGAUAUGGUGGAUCUGCACCAUGUAUCCCGUACCGUUGGCUCUAUGUGUAGGGACAAUCUAUAGAAAGUAG